CAAACUUCUUGAUUGACUUGCAUUAGGUUCUUGAAGAACUUUACCCAGACUUCCUGUCAUUUUAAGGUCAAUAUACAGCCUCGGAAUCUCGAUAACAGCUUUAAUUCUUCUCUGAAGCUUUCCGAACCACACCAAGCAAGACAGCCAGUAUGACAUCUGUACAGCAGCUCUUCUCGCUCGAGGGCCAAACAGCCCUCGUAACAGGUGGCACACGAGGAAUUGGUCAGUCAAUGGCCAUCGCCCUCGCAGAAGCAGGAGCGGAUAUCCUCCUCGUCCAACGCGAUACCAGUAACCAAACUACCAAACAAAAGAUCGAGUCCCUCGGCCGCAAAGCCACAAUCUACACUGCAGACCUCUCCUCCAAAUCCUCCAUCACCGCCCUCAUCCCCAGCAUCCUUUCCGACGGCCACAGAAUACACAUCCUGCUCAACUGCGGCGGCAUCCAAAAGCGGCAUCCCGCGCACCAAUUCCCAGACGAGGACUGGGACGCCGUGCUCCAAGUAAACCUAACUUCUGUCUUUCAACUCUGCCGCGACGUAGGCGCACACAUGCUCAGCCAACCCGCGGACCUUCCCCUAGGUCGCCGCGGAAGCAUCAUAAACGUGGCUUCGUUGCUCACGUUCCAGGGUGGCAUUACUGUACCAGCGUAUGCCGCGAGUAAAGGUGGUGUGGGACAGCUUACCAAGGCGCUGAGCAACGAGUGGGCGAGUAAGGGGGUCAGUGUGAAUGCGAUUGCCCCUGGAUAUAUUGCUACGGACAUGAACGAGGCGUUGAUCAAGGACGAGAAGAGAGCGGAGAGUAUCCUCAGUCGUAUUCCGGCAGGGAGGUGGGGAGCGCCGGAGGAUUUCAAGGGUGCGGUAGUUUUCUUGGGAAGUGCGGCGAGUGCGUACGUGAGUGGGGAGGUGCUUACUGUUGAUGGUGGGUGGAUGGGUAGGUAGAUUGAUUGACUGAUCGCUAGAGUUGCACGACAGAGGAGGCAAUGUUUAAUGAUAGACUUUUUCCUCUAUAUUCAUGAGCUUGACAUGUUCUUUGUGUCUCUCACCAGUUUGCAUAACCUCUCAACUAUCGCAUAGGCUGUUUCAAGAUCUUGGAAAUUCAUAACAAU